GAAAAAAAAAGAUGGAGGAGAUUCUUGGAAGGUUUAAAGUUUUUGAAAAAAGCAUAAAUAUCCUUGGUCUCAUUAAUAAGAGUGUUGACGAGAAACCAUCACCAAGACAACCGACCACAUCAUUGAUUGAAGAAUCUGAGGUCUUUGGUAGAGAUGGGGAUAAGGAGGCCAUAGUCAAUUUGUUGCUUGCAGAUGAUCAUGAGGGUAGGAAUAAGGUGUCUGUGAUUCCAAUAAUAGGCAUGGGUGGCAUUGGCAAAACCACCCUUGCUCAAUUAGCAUACAAUGAUCACGCAGUUGAGAAGCACUUUAACCUCAAAUCAUGGGUUUGUGUUUCUGAGGAGUUUGAUAUUAUUAAGGUAACAAAAACGGUCCUCUGUGCAGUAACCAAGUCUAAUUCUCAUUCUUAUGAUGACACAAACCUAGAUUUGCUUCAAAACAAGUUGAAAGAGGAGCUAACGAGGAAAAAAUUCUUAAUUGUUUUAGAUGAUGUGUGGAACGAGGAUUAUAAUGAUUGGCAGAAAAUGAGAACACCUUUUCAAUUUGGGGCUCAUGGAAGUAAGAUCAUUGUAACAGCACGCAAUAAAGAAGUUGCAGACAUCAUGGGCACUACUCCAACUCAUUUUCAGCUUGAGCAGUUGAAAGAGGAAGAUUGCUGGCAAAUAUUUCAAAAGCAUGCAUUUGACAAAAUUAGAGAUUCUAGUGUAAGUCAAGUCCUAGAGAAAAUUGGUAGAGGAAUUGUCAAGAAAUGCAAGGGCUUGCCUAUAGCUGCAAAAACACUUGGAGGUCUCUUGCGUUCUAAAGAAGAUGUUAGCGAAUGGGAAAGAGUAUUAAAGAGUGAGAUUUGGGAUUUCUCACAUAAAAAGAGCAAAAUUCUACCAGCUUUGUUGCUAAGUUACAACUACCUUCCGUCACAUUUAAAGCGAUGCUUUGCUUUUUGUUCAACAUUCCCGAAGGACUAUGGAUUCCAGAAGAAUGAACUCGUUUUAUUGUGGAUGGCAGAAAAUCUUUUGCAGCAAGCAAACAUAAAUAAAAGAGUGGAAGAUGUAGGGAAUGAAUAUUUUAAUGAGUUAGUGUCUAGGUCAUUUUUUCAAAGAACAAGUAUUGGAGAAGAAUCUUGGUUUGUCAUGCAUGAUCUUGCUCAUGAUGUGGCCAGAUUUGUAUCAAGGGGAUAUUGUUUUUCAUUUGAAAGUGGCAACUCAGAUGGAAAUAUGAUGAAAGUACGUCAUCUAGCUGCUGCACCAGGUGCUUCCUUACAAAGAUAUGGUGCUAUUUCUGAAGCAAUUCAUUUGCGGUCCUUUUUACUGUUGUCUCAAUAUUCAUACCCAAGCUUACCUAAUCAAACGGUGAAUAAUGUAAUUUUGAAGUUGAGGUGUUUGAGAAUAUUGUCGUUGUCUUGUUGUCGAAAUUUGGAGCAAUUAAGUGAUUCAAUUGGUGAGCUUAAGCAUCUUCGUUUCCUUGACCUCUCUGGGACUUCAAUCAAAAGAUUGCCAAACUCUGUGAGUAGGUUGUACAAUUUACAAACAUUAAAGUUAUCAGGGUGCGCUAAACUCAUUGAGUUGCCUGAAGAUAUGUACCAUCUCAUCAACUUACGACACCUUGACAUCACUUACUGUCGUAAUUUAAAAGAGAUGCCGAGACAAAUAGGUGAUUUAAAAAGCCUACAAACAUUGAGUACUUUCAUCGUGGGAGAAGAUAAUGGGGCGAAAAUAGAAGAGUUGAGGGGGCUUUCAGAUCUGCAUGGAGAACUUCAUCUUCAGAAUUUACAGAAUGUUGCAAGUGCCACGGAUGCAUCGGAAGCCAGGCUGAUGGACCUGAAAUAUCUUCAAGGGGUGAGUUUGUUUUGGAAAGUCAAUGCAAUUCAUGAUACAGCACAGAGAGCCCAUGCAAACGAUAUGAUACAUCACGGAGAAGUACUUGAAAAGCUAUUGCCUCACACGAACUUGGAAAGGCUUUCCAUUUAUGGAUAUGGAGGUACUUCAUUUCCCUAUUGGUUAGGGAAUCAUUCAUUCUGUAACAUAGUUUCUAUAAAACUUAAAAAUUGUAGCUGUUGCAAUAGUUUGCCACCGCUAGGACAGCUACCCUCCCUCAAAACUCUGGAAAUUGAGGGACUGAGUGGAGUGGUGACUGUUGGUGCUGAGUUUAAAGGGAAUAUUGGUGGUUCUUCCAUAACAAAGCCAUUUGCAUCACUCGAAUUCUUAAGUUUCAGAGGCAUGUCGGCGUGGGAAGAGUGGUCUUCAAUUGGAGUUGAAGAUGGUGAGGUUUUUCCUAAGCUCAAAAAACUCCAUAUAAAUGAAUGUAAAAAGCUACGUUAUGUUGAUUGGCCAGACAGCCUUCCAUGUUUAACAGAGCUUGAAAUUGAAGGUCAUAUAGAUGUAAUCGAAAUUUAUCUUGGUCAUAUAAAUGAGGUGGCUCUUGAAUCGUCACUCCCAAGGACUCCGGCUCUUCAUAAAUUGAGGUUAGGCAUGUGUGAAAAACUACGACUAGAGGAACUGCCACAGACAGUGAAAUCAAUUCAUAUCGGAGGAAAUAAUGGUGUAGAGUCAUUAAUUGAGGCAUUUAACAAAGGCCAAACCUCUUUUCUUAAGAAAAUGUAUAUUCGAAAUUGUCCUUUAGCAAUUACACUCGUUCCUGAAUUCCUGCCCGCUACCUUGACAGAACUAGAAAUCAUUGAUUGUAAGAAAUUAGAAUUCCCAAUGCAAUGCUCACUCAAGAACUCAUCCAUUCGAAGAGUUGAAAUCGGGCGUUCUUGUGAUUCACUUAGAUUCUUCCCUCUAGAUUUCGCUCCCAACCUCAUCAGACUCAGCAUUUGGAAUUGUGAAAAUCUCGAAUCUCUAGGAGUCUCCUCAGAUGGGGAUGGGAUGCUAACAUCUCUAUCAUUCUUUAUACACUAUUAUUUGAAUAUAUAA